GGUGAGAGCGGCGCGGUGCUGGGUGCUGGCGGGCUUAGCCGAGACAGCGAGGCGACGCGGCCGGCGCUGGGUUGGGCGCUCGCCCCUGCAACCAUGACCCUUGCAGUCUGUACCUCGGCCCCGGCCCGGGGCAUCUAAUUCCCCUACACAGUCGGGUGCAGCUGCCGAGGAGCCGGCCGCUGCCCGUUCGUCGCCCUUGGCGCCUUAUCACACUCCCUUACCAGAGCUGAGAGCAGCGCGGGCAGCCGGCGCCCCCGUGCAAACUGGGGGUGUCUACUGGAGUAGCCGCCGCCGCUGCCGCCCCCGGCUCUGGCCAUGGCCCGGCGGGGCGCGGAGCCGAGAGUCCCGGGGGAGCCCGGGGGCGUCGGGCUCAGUUUGCGGCUGCUGCUGCCGCUGUUGCUGCUCUUGGGGCCGGCGCGGGGCUUUGGGGACGAGGAGGAGCGGCGCUGCGACCCUAUUCGCAUCACCAUGUGCCAGAACCUCGGCUACAACGUGACCAAGAUGCCCAAUCUGGUGGGGCAUGAGCUGCAGACGGACGCCGAGCUGCAGCUGACAACCUUCACGCCGCUCAUCCAGUACGGCUGCUCCAGCCAGCUGCAGUUCUUCCUUUGUUCGGUUUAUGUGCCAAUGUGCACAGAGAAGAUCAACAUCCCCAUUGGCCCAUGUGGUGGCAUGUGUCUUUCAGUCAAGAGACGCUGUGAACCAGUCCUGAAGGAAUUUGGGUUCGCCUGGCCAGGGAGCCUGAACUGCAGCAAAUUCCCACCACAGAAUGACCACAAUCACAUGUGUAUGGAAGGACCAGGUGACGAAGAGGUGCCCUUACCUCACAAAACCCCCAUCCAGCCUGGGGAAGAAUGUCACUCUGUGGGAACCAAUUCUGAUCAGUACAUCUGGGUGAAAAGGAGCCUGAACUGUGUUCUCAAGUGUGGCUACGAUGCUGGCUUAUAUAGCCGCUCGGCCAAGGAGUUCACCGAUAUCUGGAUGGCUGUGUGGGCCAGCCUGUGCUUCAUCUCUACUGCCUUCACAGUCCUGACCUUCCUGAUCGAUUCCUCCAGGUUUUCCUACCCUGAGCGCCCCAUCAUAUUUCUCAGUAUGUGCUAUAAUAUUUAUAGCAUUGCUUAUAUUGUGAGGCUGACUGUAGGCCGGGAAAGGAUAUCCUGCGAUUUUGAAGAGGCAGCAGAACCCAUUCUCAUCCAAGAAGGACUUAAGAACACAGGAUGUGCAAUAAUUUUCUUGCUGAUGUACUUUUUUGGAAUGGCUAGCUCCAUCUGGUGGGUUGUUCUGACUCUCACUUGGUUUUUGGCAGCAGGACUCAAAUGGGGUCAUGAAGCCAUUGAAAUGCAUAGCUCUUAUUUCCACAUUGCAGCCUGGGCCAUCCCUGCAGUGAAAACCAUUGUCAUCUUGAUCAUGAGAUUGGUGGAUGCAGAUGAACUGACUGGCCUGUGCUAUGUUGGGAACCAAAACCUUGAUGCCCUCACUGGUUUUGUGGUGGCUCCCCUCUUCACUUAUUUAGUAAUCGGAACUUUAUUCAUCGCUGCAGGUUUGGUGGCUUUGUUCAAAAUUCGAUCAAAUCUUCAAAAGGAUGGGACAAAGACAGACAAGUUGGAAAGGCUGAUGGUCAAAAUUGGAGUCUUCUCAGUACUGUACACGGUUCCUGCAACCUGUGUGAUUGCCUGUUAUUUCUAUGAAAUCUCCAACUGGGCACUCUUCCGGUAUUCUGCAGACGACUCUAAUAUGGCGGUUGAAAUGUUAAAAAUUUUUAUGUCUUUGCUGGUGGGCAUCACUUCAGGCAUGUGGAUUUGGUCUGCCAAAACUUUUCAUACAUGGCAGAAGUGUUCCAACAGAUUGGUGAACUCUGGGAAGGUAAAGAGAGAGAAGAGAGGGAACGGUUGGGUAAAACCUGGGAAAGGCAAUGAGACUGUGGUAUAAGGAUAGCCAGCCUCCACACGGUCCUCAUUUUGAUAGGGGGAAUACUAGCAUUUCGGUGGAAAUGCUGCUGAAAAUUGUAUGCAAUAAAUCUCUUUUGAACAAACAAGCAACCCUUAAGCUAGCCCCCGCCCCCACCUCUCACCCCCCAGCAUCCUAAAAACAAUGAUUUUGCUGCAGACUUUGGAAUGAUCCAAAACGGAAAAGCCAGUUAGAGGCUUUCAAAGCUGUGAAAAAUCAAAAUGUUGAUCACUUUAGCAGGUCGCAGCUUGGAGUGUAGAGGUCCUGCUUAGAUUCCAGGCAGUCCAGGGCGAUGCUGCUUUUCCUUGCAGGGUGGGAUUUGGGCCAUGAGUCAGUAACUUGCAGGGAGAAAGAGUAACUUUUUUCACCCUUUUAAAAUUUAAAUACUAACUGGGUCUUUCAAAUAGCAAAGCGAUCUAUAAACACUGGAAACGCUGGGUUCAGAGACGUGUUACAAGAGUUUGUAGUUUGGCUGGUCUGACGUAAACAUCUGUGGUGCACUGCUGUUUAGAACUGUGUGGAUCGCACUCCCCAGAGGUGGUGUCAGAAUCUUUCAGUGCCUUUGUCAUAAAACAGAAUGGUUUGGACAAACAAAAGUACUGUACAAACACACCUAAGGUAUCCAGUGGAUUUUUCUUCUCUCUGUCCCUCUUUUAUUUCAGUGUCUCUGUGCUAGGCUGCUGCAGUUUUCUUCGUUUUACAUUCAUGACUCAAAAAAGAUGUUUUUAUAGGAAUUUUUGCAUUGUGUCAUGCCUAAUGAGGGGAAAAUGAAGGGUGAUUCACUUUCUGACAAUCAGUUUAUUCAGAGGAAAAUGAGAUUUACCAAGUCUACUUACCUUACCAACCCCAGAGACCUAUUACAUUGAGCAAUUGAGAUUUAAUAUAUUUUACUUUGUGUGAUUGCAUCUAUGCAGACGCCCGUCUGGAAGAGCUAAUAUGUUAAAUUUCUUGGCAACUUUGCAUUCACACAGAUUAACUGUGUAAUUUGUGUGUGUCAGUUACAAUUAAAAGCACAUUCUUGGACCAUGACAUAGUAUACUCACUGACUUUAGAACUAUGGUCAACUUGCAUUCUCAGAACCAUAGUGCCUUUUUUUUCCUUUAGCAUAAGAAUGUUAUCAGAGUCUGGUCUACUUACAACAAUGGAGACUGUUUCAAUUUUGUGAAGGGAACUAAGGACAGCUAAUCCAACUGCUUGGUGCAUAAUCAUUUCCUUGUAAUUGGCAAAGGUUCCUUAUAAGAUUUCCUCGGAGGCAGUGUGGCCUGGAGUAUUUAUAUGGUGCUUAAUGAAUCUCCAGAAUGCCAGCCAGAAGCUUGAUUGGUUAGGGAAUAAAGUGUAGACCCUAUGAAAUGAACUGCAAACUUCAGCAGCACUGGUCUUAAUUGCCUUUUGUGGAGGUAUCCAAAGCCUUUCAUAUUUAUGCUUUACGUUCCUCACAAGGGGGUACCCCCUAGCAGCCUCUCAAAAGUUUCAGUGCUUUUAAAAUUGUAACUGGCCUCUCUAUUAACCCUCCUUGGGCCUUCUAAUCGCCAGAUCUCUGGGGCAAAUUGUUGACAAUGUCACAGGUUGCUCCCCUUGCAGCUCAUACCUGUCUUUGCUUCAGUUCUUGCUUUCCAGUGACUCAUUUAUUUAUUCAUGCCUUUUUUUUUUUAAAAAAAAAGCAGGUAGGAAAGCUCUCUUUUAUCAUUCUUUGUGGAGAAGCAUUUCCAGGGUCUCAAAAUUCCAAAUAGGUGGUCAAAUUCUGGAAAUAAGCAUGGUUUUUUUAGGGGGAGUGGGGUGAGAUUUUUAUGCCCAUGGUUUGCCAUUUCCUCUCCUUCUUUUCUCUUUGUUUUUUUUGUGGUUGUUGAGCUGUCUGAGAUGAAGAUGCAUAUAAGGUCUGUUGUGUGGUUUGGAAGGGAAAGUCUUAGGGCUUUUGAGGCAGAAGCUAAGUGGGCACAGAUGGCCUGUGCUGCUCUCUGCCGAGCCUGAGUAGCUUGGCUGGACUCUGGGCCAGAGCUCCUGGAGCAUGAGAAAUGGUCCCCGGAAGGCCAGUUUAACUCCAUCUGAGACUACAUUGCCUACGAAAUGCAAAAUGUGAGCUCGCUGGGCUGCUUGCAGGCAGUUCCCAUAACUGCCCAGGGCCCUGGAGCAUGCACCCAGGGGCAGAGCCUGCCCUUACUCACACUCCACUCUAGUGCCUUGGGAGUGGGGCAGAGACUUUGGCCCAGGAAGCAAAGGACCAUGUAGUGGUGGACUGGCCUUGCUGUUAGAGUAUCGGGUUUGUAAGGCAAUUUUCCUUGUAAUGUUUCAGUGAUUGUACGACCAAGGCAGCACCUAGCAGAGGCCUGGGCAUGGGGUAUUCAGUAUUGUGAAUGAAUAAAUAAUAAUAAUAAAAGAGCCCU